AUGACCGCCUCCCAAAACGCCAUACUGGCGUCCGCCCCCGGAAAAGUCAUCCUUUUUGGCGAGCACGCCGUUGUCUACGAGAAGCCAGCGAUAGCAGCCAGCCUCGCAUUACGAACCUACGCAUGGCUAGAACCUACCCAUGCAACGACUGCAGGGGCGAAUCCACCGCUGGUCAGGUUGCGGCUGCCUGAUAUUUGCCCGGAUCCGAUUGAGUGGGAUAGUGGCCGGCUGGAGACGUUAGCGCGGUUGCAUGGCAAAGGGGACAACGCGAAGACUCCAACGCCAGAAGCUCUGUCGUCGCUCGCAGAGGUGGUCAUCCUGGAAAGCCUGGCCCAGCUACAAUCAUCCCCCACUACCCAGGCGGCAGCCGCCUUCCUGCACCUAUACCUAUGCAUAUGUUGGAGACAUCAGGCAACACCCAAACCCCUCCCCCCAAUCGAGAUCUGCGUGCGCUCAGCGCUACCCGUCGGCGCCGGUCUAGGUUCCUCCGCAUCCUACAGCGUGGCGAUCGCGACCGCGCUGCUCGCAUACUCAGGCCAUCUGGACGGCGGCAACCUUACUACCACCGACAUGGACUUGAUUAACGGGUGGGCGUUCAUGGCCGAGAAGGUCAUCCAUGGGAAUCCGUCCGGGAUUGAUAACGCGCUGGCGACGUAUGGCGGUGCCAAACUGUACACGAAAGGGAAGCUGGAGACUGUAGACGGAUUCAGCGCAUUUCGGUUCCUCCUCACCGACACGCAAGUGCCGAAGAACACAAAGAAACAGGUGGAAGGGUUUAGGACGCGGAAGGAGCGGUACCCCGCCGUGAUGAACCACCUCAUCGAAGCCGUGGAGGGCAUCGCUCUAGAAUGUCGGCGACUGUUCGAAGCCAAAGACCAAAACUCUGAACAUGUCUCACAAGACGAAGUCUACGAAGUCAUGGAGACCCUCAUCGACAUGAACCACAGCAUCAUGGCCGCAUCCGGCGUCAGCCAUCCAAGCCUCGAAUCCGUCCGCCAGAUCACCGCACUGCACGGCCUGCGCUCUAAAUUGACCGGGGCCGGCGGGGGCGGCUGUGCGUUGACGCUUAUUCGGCAUGACACGACCCGCGAGACUCUCGACACCAUAAAAACAUCCCUCACAGCCCAAGGCUUCCGAUGCUACGAGACGGAGGUCGGGUGUCCUGGCGUGCGGAUAUCCCGCAGCCCGGGGAAAGAUGGCGAUGUUCGAAGCCGGUUUUGGGCGGGGGAGGGGGUUGAAUGGCGUAUGAUGGAUGAGGGUGUGGCGUAG